UUCCAGUAGCGUUGUUUCUCCCAGAUUUGAGUUGGCAAUCUCCUCCCUCUUUUCUAAGUUAGUGUGUGAGACGAUCUCUACUCUGUCAGAGCACAUGCACUCUCCCUUGCUCUGCACACCAUCUCUCACAGACUGUGUGCUGUCCUUGGCUCCUACAAGUCUCAACAAUUUAUUUCAACAACCCACCGACUACAGGCUUUCUCUUCAUCGAGCCAAAACAAAAAGUGUUUAUCAGGGGUUAACAGAUCUGGUGUUCGGAGUUUGAGGCAGUUUUAAGUAACUGAAGAGGUUCCAGGUACAACACAUCAAUGACUCAGAGUAACGGAGAUAACCCCAGAUCCCGGAGCAGGAUGGAGCAGCUCCAGGAGAGAAUCAGAACGCGCUCGCUCAGGGCAAAGAAGAAAGUUGAAAGUAUCACAAAAGAUGACGUCAAAGGCUUUUUGAAAAGGAAUGCCUUCGUGCUCUUUACCAUUACUGCUGUCGUUAUUGGUAUAUUUCUUGGCUUUUCUCUCCGAUCAUAUAAAAUGUCCUAUCGUGAAGUGAAGUACUUCUCCUUCCCUGGGGAGCUGCUCAUGCGCAUGCUGCAAAUGCUGGUCCUGCCCCUCCUGGUGUCCAGUCUGAUCACAGGAAUGGCAGCCCUCGACAGCAAAGCCUCUGGAAAGAUGGGGCUUCGAGCUGUGGUGUACUACACGUCGACUACAGUCAUCGCUGUCUUCAUUGGGAUUGUAAUGGUCCUCAUCAUCCAUCCGGGGAAGGGGUCAAAAGAUGAGUUUAAAAACCAAAAGAAAAUCCAGCAGAUCAGCCCUGCAGAUGCCUUUCUGGAUCUGAUCAGAAACAUGUUCCCUCCUAACAUUGUACAAGCUUGCACACAACAGUUUAAAACGCAGUAUGCGAAGAGAGUGGUCCAAGUAACUGUGACAGUAAAUGAAUCGCUCUUCAACCUCACAAACAGCACUCAGGAAAUAUUAAAGGAAGAAAUGAUUCCCAUACCUGGCUCAGUGAAUGGUGUAAAUGCAUUGGGUUUGGUGGUGUUCUCUAUGUGCUUUGGUCUAAUCAUCGGCAGCAUGAAAGAAAAGGGGCAAGCACUCAAAGACUUUUUCGACUGCCUCAAUGAAGCUAUCAUGAAACUGGUGGCAAUAAUCAUGUGGUAUGCUCCCAUUGGAAUCCUCUUCUUGAUCGCUGGAAAGAUUGUUGAGAUGGAUGAUAUAAGUACGGUUGGUGGACAGCUGGGAAUGUACACAAUAACAGUUAUUAUUGGAUUGAUGAUUCAUGCCAUUUUUGUCCUGCCAACACUCUAUUUCGUUGUGACACGUAAAAACCCCUUUGUGUUUAUUGGCGGAUUGAUUCAGGCACUGAUCACCGCUCUGGGAACAUCCUCCAGCUCUGCAACACUGCCUAUCACAUUUAAAUGCCUGGAAGAGAACAAUAAAGUGGACAAGCGUGUCACCAGAUUUGUGCUGCCAGUAGGAGCCACCAUUAACAUGGAUGGCACAGCACUGUAUGAGGCUCUGGCUGCCAUUUUCAUUGCUCAGGUUAAUGGAUUGGAUUUGAGCUUUGGGCAGAUCCUCACAAUCAGCAUCACAGCAACAGCUGCCAGUAUUGGAGCAGCAGGAAUCCCCCAGGCUGGGCUGGUAACCAUGGUGAUCGUGUUGACCUCUGUAGGGCUCCCCACAGAUGACAUCUCACUUAUUAUUGCAGUAGACUGGUUCCUUGACCGCCUGCGUACUACCACCAAUGUCUUGGGUGAUUCCAUUGGCGCUGGAAUCGUGGAAUACCUUUCCAGACAUGAGCUACGGAAAGAUGUCGAAAUGGGUAACUCAGUGGUUGAAGAGAACGAAAUGAAGAAACCAUACCAACUGAUUUCCCAGGAAAACGAGAAUGAAAAGCCUUUAGACAGUGAAACCAAGAUGUAGUUUUUGUUUUAAUUUUCUAGUUUUUUUGGGAGGGAGCGGGGUUGUUUACAGGUUAGGUGUUAGGGUUUUCCCAAGGUCCAUGUUUUAAUAUCACUUGUCUCAUUUGUGAAACAUUCAUAAGGAUUUGAGGUUACAAAGAGCUAUGAAAAACAAAUGCUGAAAGUGUACAUUAGGUUGUGAGUGUUAGUCCUAGACACUAUGGUCAUAGCUAAUGGAGUGGUUUUGUUCUGUCAAGUUUAAUUCUUGAGAGAUUCUCGGAUUUGUUUUUUCAAGUAUUCUAGAUUAACAUUAAAUUGUCUAAUUUAGAAGUAUUGUGGGUUGUUUUUGUUUGUUUCCAUAAGUGCCAGGUGAAUAAUAUAAUACUAGUGUUAACAUGACAUUUUGUUUUGUGUUUUUAUCAAGAGGCUAAAAUGUUUCCAUUGUUUAAUAUUGUUUUGUGCAUGUUCAUGACUGAAAUGAGUUAACAGAAAAGUGUAACAUUUCUAUUUUUUAAUUAUUUCCCAAAGCACAAGCAUUUUCUGCUUCUUGCUGAAAACAAUUUGCCAUUAUACGAUUGUCACUACUAGGAGUUCUGCCAUAUGACAUCAUUUAAAGCUAUGGUGAUUAUCAUUACUGUAUUAAAUGUGGGGUUGGAUAUAAGGGAGGGGUCGUAUCAGUUAGGAAGGAAGUACUUGAGGUAGGUUGAAGAAGGUUGCGAGGGAACUGGAUAAUUGAGGUUAAGGGUAGGGGUUGCAUGAAGUUGAUGCUUUUUAUUAUUUUCGAAGCCCUGGCGUAAUUGAAUUUUCAUUCAAAAGGAUUAAUGUCAGUGCUUCCUGCCAAACAACAACAACAACAAAAAAACCUGAAUGUUCUAAUUGACAAAUUCUCUUUAGGCAUUGAAGAGAGUUUUUAUUUCUGGGUAAACUUGAUAAGGGUUUUUUUUUUUAAUACAUUUUCAGUUUUAUUUUAAGAAUUUGAAUUCAGUCAUGGUGUUUUUAUAUAUUUAAGAAGGCUACAAUUUACCUACAAAUUCUCCCAUGUUGUGCUUCUAUCAUCAUUUGAGGAAAGAAAAAAAAAUAACAGCUUAAAAGCACUUUCGAAUCUUCAAGUACAUGCAAUUUUUUUUUUAUAUUGACCUGUAACUGUUGUCAAUUGUUUAUUUUGUCACCAGUAGUAUAGGUAAACAGUGCCUUUUAACAGCUAUGGUAAUUUAAAUAGAAGUCUUUUAAUUAUACAUUUAUUUGGCUUACAAAAUAUCUAGAUUGUAGAAAAUAAUUUUUAUACAGAAAAUGAUAUAGAUAAUUUGUGUACAAAACAUUAACUUCUAGGAUACGUGGAAUAAUGGUUUACUUGUGCCACUGUGCUGUAAAACUGCUGAAAAGACAUGGUCUUUAUUUUGAUAACCUAAUAUCCUUCCAUGACAUCACUUGACAAAAGCAAAUUGUAGCACAAUGUGUUAUGAUUGUAUGACAACUAACUAAUGGAAACUAUGAUUAUUGUUUGAUAUUGACUGUCAGGCUUGUAUGUAAAUGCAGCACAUGUGAUUUGAUAUAAAAAGGUUAGAUUCGUCUCCAGUAAAUAUAGUUUUAAAUAAAAAAAUUAAAUGAAAA